ACGGUGAUAAAAUAUGCAAGUCUAAUUUAAUGAUGCAUUUUUAUAUUUAAGUACGUACUAUAAAAGGUAUAAGAAUAUAUAAGAAUGGCGCUUUCACCAAAAAUAAUCACGACAACUUCUCAUCCACAAAACAGAGGGGCGUGUGAUUGGGGUUGGCCUGGACUGGUGGCGUAUGGAUCACAUCAAUAUGUUGUUGUGGCGGAUCCAGCUUCCUCUCAGGUUACUCAAGUACUUGGAAUACACAAAGGAUACGUUACUUGCGUUAAAUGGAAACCAGAGGACAUACACCACGACGUGGUUGUCAACCCUUACACGUUAACGCUGGCUGCAGGUGACGCGCAGGGUAACGUCGGGCUAUGGAACGUUACUAAAGGAGAGACCAAGGCAACAUUUGUCUGCAAAGGACGGUCUGUAAGAGAUAUUACUUGGAUAACAAACCAAGAGACAAGCGAAGCGACUGUUCUAGCACUGUACAACAAAAGUGACGUCAUUAUGUGGGACUUUCUUACUUCAUCCCAACUUUGGAAAGCUUCAUUUGCGGAACCAUUGUCAAACAUAUGCAUUGAUCCGUUCAACAAAAGCAAUGCAAUAUUUCUUUGUGAAGACAGUAAUAUUCUGCUGAUAGAAGAUCUACACCCAAAAACACCACCUUCACAGAAAUACAAACGGAUCAGCUUUUACGGCGCAAAUGGACCCUCUCCGGAAGUUUCACAGCCUACAGACGAGCAAGGGAAUAUGAAAAGGAACCCGUCCUCUCUCAAUAAGCUCAUCAACAUGACGACUUCACUCAUUACAGGGACUGGUGAAUCGCGAUCAAGUAGGAAAAGCAUAUCUGAGGACGACAGAUCGUUGCAGCAGCAGUGUCUGCAAGUAACCUUUCAUCCGGGCAUUCGUCACGUCAUCUUUAUGGUGUACCCUUCUCAAAUAGACAUAAUAGAUAUUGAAGCCUGUAUCAUAAUGGCAACAAUACGUCUGGAUUCAAAAUCAUCCUACUUUGUUAAAGUGCUGCCCUGUAAGCAAAGGGACGUUCUUUAUUGUCUUCAUGAGAAUGCCUGCAUCACCAUUCGUGUAAGACGUCUAGACAAGUCACACUGUACAUACAACGAAAGCCAAGUGUCGACUCCAUCCACGCCUAUAACACCAGGGUUUGGUGAAAUGGAAACAGACAAAUCCGAUAUCGCCUAUGAUUUGAUUUGGCAAUCUGACGCCGUCCGUAUCAGUAACAAAAGCACAGUUUACGGAUUUAAUGUACAUCCGGUCACAGAGGCAUGCGCAGCACUAAUAUUCAGUGACGGGAAAAUUAUUACUUGGGAACUCGUCAGUACCAAUACCCAUGCUUUGGUUCUAAAAGACAUGUUACCUGGUUUGAGUAAAAAGGGACAGAAAAAUUUACUGAUGGAAGGUAACCGAUUCCUUAUGACAGGAAUGGUUAAAGGUUUUCCUUGGUCUGUCUGUACAAUCAAGAGUAACUCACUGGAGCAGGUGACAACAGCCAAUAACCCAAACAGCCAAUCAAAGGAAACGUUACUGGCUCUAGGAAUGGACAAUGGUGAUAUUUCAAUCCUUAAUAUACAGACGGGACAAAUCGAAAGAGAAUUCAGCGUUCAUUCUGAUUCUGUGAAAAGCAUCGAAUGGUUAAAUCAAAACAUACUCAUGUCUUGGACGUGUUCGAAAAGUGGAAACUCGCCUACGAUGGGAAGAAACGAAGUGUUACUCACAUGGACUCGAUCAGGUUUGGUAGAAGUUUUCAGACAACGACUGAAACUGGAGAGUUUAAUAACAAAUAUCAAGGUGUCUCCUCUAAGGCAAUAUGUUGUUAUUGCAUUCAAAACGCAGCCGUUAGAGGUAUGGUGUCUAAAAACAAGGUCUUUGUUGAGAGAAAUGCCAACAAACUUCCCGCAACCAAAAGCACUGACUUGGGCUCCAAUGUGUAGCUGGAAGACAGUGGUCAGACAACUGAGCCAGAGGGGAAUAAAUAAAGACAUUACAGACAUGACGCAAGAUGAUAUAGCCAAUUUAUUACAUGACAAGGAAUACAAGAAGAUUGCGAAAGAACAGUGCGUGCUAGCAGACAGGGACGGGACGAUAUGUAGAAUAACGCUGGAGGAAAGAUCGGUGUCCGACCUCACCAUAUUCCCUCCAGAGGUAAACGGCAUGGCGGCAGUGGCCCAUAUCGCUAUGAAAGAUGACAUGCUGUUGUUAGGGGACAUAACUGGCAUGCUUUGCUUGUGGAAUCUGACAGAGAAAAAGUUAAAAAGUGUACCCCGAUCUGGUGAUAAACCCUACACAGGACUGAAGACCAUUUUGUUUAACCCUAGUACCAGGGACCACCGGUUUGCCGUGCUGUAUGAUCAGGGUGUGGAUAUUUGGCUGUUCUCUCAGUUUCAGGAUAAGCUAAACCUCUUGGCUUCUAUGAAACAUGGUAAAUCUAUGCCAAAAGUUCAGCUGUUAGAAUGGGCGGAUCUCAAUCACAUCUCCAUGGUGAUGGACGAUGGAUCGAUCCACGUGGUAGAUAUCACGUCAUCAAAGGUCACGUGUUCAUGGAAUCAAAGAAAUUCAAUGGACACGGUGUUUUGUCCACAUACUCUUCCAGUACAGGGGUCCCUCAUCCUUAAGUACCUCCUACAAAACGCCACAUCAUCCACUGUGGAGUACAGACUGUCUACUGACAAAGCUUACAUGAAAAAAGCCAUAGACGACCAGUUACGGCGGAUCGAUGGAGAAACGCUACAGCUUUUAACAGAUGGAAAGUGUAGCACAGCACAGCGUUGUCUUACAACUGCACGAUUAUUAGGAGAUGAAUUUGACAUCAACUUUUGGACAGCAGCUCUGUAUUUUUUAAAUCGUGCAAAAGAUCAACGGGAUAAUCCACGAAAAGAUCCUCUCCUUCUUUCCCUUGAUGAUGAUCAAGUACCUGGGGACACCAGAAGUACAGACGACACUACUUCCGCUUGUAGUGAGGCGUGUUUAGACUGUUUACGACCUCAGUCUUGCUACAUGAGACAACAACUUCACAGAAUCGAGCAACACAGUAAAAAGAGAAAAACACAGACAGACAGACGGAGAUGUAUUCAGAACUUUACUAUGAUGGGAAGAGUUGAAGAAGCAACUAAAAUUUUACUGGAAACGGAUUUCCAGUCCGGAACAUACCGUGAAGACUAUCUGCAAGCUUGUCUACUGUCUUGCGAUAGGACAAACAGCACAGCACAAAGCACACUUAAACUUGUAGCCACUCAUCUAAUCAUCUCCGGAAAGCUGCAAGAGGGUGUGAUAAUUUUGUGUCUGCUGGGUAAAGUAUUGGAUGCCUGUAAAUACCUACAAACGUAUGAUCAAUGGGAACAAGCAGCAUGGCUGGCUAAGUUGAUGUUGAAUGAGAAAGAGUGCGAGGAAAUAUUUUCAAAAUGGAUAGAACAUCUGACAUCGACAAAACAAAUGUUGCAUGCUGUUCUCAUUAUGAUGUCUCAGACAAAAUUUGACGACGUUUUUAAAACUCUCAGCUACAUUGGUUAUAUAGAAACGGCGGCCAGCUUUCUCAAUGCCUGCCAGGAACUCGGAUUCCAGUUGGCAAAAGAUGAUGCCGAGACGGUCAAGGAAAAAUACCAAUCACACGUGGAGCGACUGGGGUUGGCUUUUGUAGAAUGACAUCCUAAUUAUUGGAUAUCAAAGAAGAAAGUGAAUAAACCAAAUUACUGUAUUGUAAAAUUGUAUUAAACACAAUGAAAAAUAAAAAUAUCUGUAUUUUAAAUGUGAUUAAAAUUACAAUCUCUAGUAUAUUUGUUGACUUG